UCACUUUCAGCCACACCUUCAAAAGAAGAUGGCCAUUGAGAUUGAUCCAGCCAAGAGACAAGGGCUAAAGAAUUUUUUGGACAAGCACUGGCCAGAUACAUUAGAAAUUGUACGUGCUCUAGCAUUAGGUGAGGAUUAUGAUAUCCAUCUAUUUGCUGAUUGUUGGCCUCAUGUAACAACACUGAUACUAGCUUAUAAUGAAGGCAUUGCUAAAAAGGUUUUUAUAUUUAGUACUGAUGCAGCAAAAGGUGUUUCAACACUUGAGAAAUCAGGAAUUAUCACUGACUUCAAGAUUUCAGCAGUUCUUGGUGCUUACGGAAUUGUAGAGAGGAUAAUGAAUGAAGUUGUGUCUGAUCCUCUUUAUGUUGGACAAACGUAUAAUAAAUCUCCUGAGGUAGCAAGAUUCAUAUACAAUCCUUCAUCAGGAACAGGAAUCAAGAAACCUCUUCCUUCAGGAUACAGGUUUGAUGCUAUUCAUUCAUCUGACAUUGAGCCUAUUGCAUCAAAGUGGCAUCCUUAUGGUGGAUUAAAGAGGCUUAUGAUACACUACAUUACCAAUUAUCCAAAUAUUGCAGUCUAUGAUACAACAAGGGAGCCUCCUCGACCAAUUUCCUGGAUGACAGGAUCAGGGCUAUCUGUACUAUACCACUUGUACACAGUGGAAGAAUAUCGUGGUAAAGGAUUAGGAACUUUAGUGAUACAAGAAAUGACAGAGAAAUUAUUAGCUAUGGGAAUUACUCCAUUGGUAUACAUAGAAUUGGACAACAAGCCAUCCCAAUCGUUAUUUACAAAAUGUGGAUAUAUUAGAGCUGGAUCUGUUGUAGCUUUUAUGGAUGCUUUGCAGUAAAAAUAUUUUUUAAAACCCAGCUAAUUUAAAUAAAUGAUUUCAGAAAUGGAUCUGGUAACUUUCAA